GUCUGAAAUUCGGUAUCCUACAGCAAUACCACCAUUGACACAAUUCCUUGCUGUGUUACAUUUUUUGGCUACAGCCUCAUAUCAACAUGUUGUGGGAGACCUGGUUGGCAUGUCGCAGGGCCAGUUCAGUAAGGUCCUGCGGCGUGUCUGCCAGGCUUUCCUAAAGCGGGUGAAGCAAUUCAUUGAUAUGCCUUUGGAUGUUGGUGCCCUAGAUGUGGUGAAGCGGCAAUUUGAGGAAGGUGGUAGUCGCUUCCCACAUGUUAUUGGGGUUGUGGAUGGCACACAUGUUGCUAUUCAGCCACCAAGACAUAAUGAAGAAAUUUAUAGAAACAGGAAACUGUUUCAUUCUCUGAAUGUAAUGGUUGUUUGUGGGCCAUCCCUCCAGAUCCUUUCCCUGAAUGCCAAGUUUACUGGAAGUUCACAUGAUGCAUAUGUCAUUAGACAAUCAGGGAUAUGGCAGAGAUUAAGAGCAAGUCAACGAGCAGACAUGUGGUUAUUGGGAGACCGUGGAUAUCCUUGCACCCCCUGGCUCAUGACUCCUUACCGUAAUCCCAGGCCAGGACCACAGAUGGCAUUUAACUCCGCGCUUACUGCCACUAGGCAGCUGGUGGAGCGCACAAUUGGUGUCCUUAAAGGGCGGUUUCGUGUGCUCCACCGCACUGGUGGCGACAUCAUGUAUUCGCCGGAGAUGGCAAGUAAAAUAGUGGUCCUGUGCGCAAUACUACAUAAUAUCGCGGUAAGGAGUAGUGUAGAGCUUCCUCAGGCAGAGGAAUUGCCUGAUGAGGAGCCAGGGGUUGUUCGACACUUCGGUGGUGGGAGUGUUACACGGAGGGGGAGCCAAGUGAGGGCAAGGAUUGUUGCCGAAUAUUUCAGCUGAAUGAUCACACAAACUGUGGACAACAACAACGGCAGACCUCUCCGCCCCCUUCCCCUUCCCAGUCCCCCUCCCCUUCUCACUCCCCCUCCCCUUCUCACUCCCCCUCCCCUUCCCA